AUGACGGAUUAUUUUAAUUUGCUGCCCUCUGAAAUAUCAGGACUUGUUUUAGGAUUUUUGAGAGAUAGUAAUUGCGUUACUGCUGCGGGUGCUUUCCUUCGAGAAAACAUUCACUUAUCCGAAUUUCGUUGUCACUAUGCAACUGUGAAUGAGAUACCUUUGUAUUUCAGAGAACUAACAUUACUGGAUAUUGUUCAUGACUACAUUCACAUUGUGAACUUGGUUAUUCCUCAUUUAAAAAAAGCCAAUCUCACAUGGCAACUAGGAAAUCUAACUGCUUCUAUAGCACAACUUUUACAAUCAUUGUAUGAAACUUAUUCAUCCAAUAUACGAUCGAAAUCACUUCGUCCAAUACAUCCUGUAUGGAUGCCUUUAGGAAAAUCUUAUAUACCACCUAGAAUAAUACCGGUUGAUAAAUUUACGCCUACAGUUCGACCACCACUUGCUACUGUAAAACCAAGUGUAACAAUAGCUUCAUUACCGAAUAUAAUCAAUUCAAAUUCAACCAGUGGACUAAGUACUACUGGUACUCUAUGCUCACUAGACAAUAAUCUAACUAGUAGUUUAAGAGCUAAUCGACCAGUGUUACGAAUUUAUCGGCAACCUUUAACAGCUAAUAAGACAAAUGCAUUCAAUUCGGGUGUGUGUAGUGCUAGUAGUAGUAGCAGCAGCAGUAGUACUAAUAGUUUAUCAACCCCCUCACCUCUUCAAACAUCACAGUCGAACAAAGUUGCAUCAAAAUCCAAUAUUGAUCCUGUCCAAUCUAUGGUACAUCACUACUCACAGAGUCAAGUGAAGUGUUUACCAGAGACAUUACCUACUACUACCAAUACUACUAUUGCUGAUCACAGUAAUGCCAAUGUUCUAUCGCCUCCAGCCACAUCAUGUAAUUCUGUGAUACUUCAACAAUCUUCAAUAUGCACGACAACAACAACAACAUCCUCAUCACCAUCAGCAACAGCAACAUCAGAAAUAAUGAAUCCUGCCACUGUCCAAUCAAUCGAUGUCAUUAGUCAAAAUGAUAAUCUUACAUCACAUCAAUUAUGUCUUACUGUCCAAUCAAAUGAUCAUCAACAAGAGAUUUCGGAUAACACUCAUCAUCAUUCUAUAUUUUCUGUAUUUUCAUUGUUACCUCCUGCGUCAUCACCAGAGACAUUAGUUACAGAUAUGAUGAUUUGUCCAGUAAUGAUGACAUGUCAAACCAAUAUGAAUGAUGUGAAAACGCCGACUGAUAAUAAUCCCGUUCCGACUAGACGAAAACGUAAUCAACCCCCGCGUCAAUUAUUAUCACCUGGAUCUGGUGUUGCAAGUACACUAUUCAAUACAACUAAUAGUUAUGAAGAAGAAUUAGACAUGGAACGUUUCUUGUCCGCAUUAUUCAAUAAUGCUGAACAUGUGGCUACACGUAUCAAUGCUGAAGUUGGUCUACUAUCACGUCAUCCAUCGACGUCGUCAACAUCAUCUAAUGUUCAUGAUCAUGAUCACAAUCAUCAGCUUCAGCAUCAGCAGCAUCAAUUAAUUGCACAGAAUAUUUUAGAAAUCAAUUCUAAUUGGUGUGAAACCACUGCCACCGGUUAUGAGAUUGUUUCUAUUCAUCCGCUGAGUGAUAAUCAUAAUCGUCAUAAAAUAGUGGAUUGUGCAUUAGAUGUUACAGGUAGAUCUCAACCAAUCAUCGAUGUGUAUUCGUCGUCGUCGUCGUCGUCUGCAUCAUCAUUGCCCUCGACGUCCUCGACGUCCACGUCCACGUUGUCAUCGUCAUUAUGUACCGGUGUCAAGUUGUCUACAUCAACAUCAUCAUCAUCAUCAACAUCCUUUGUAUGUCAUGAUUUUGAUAGUGACUCUUCGGAUAGUAUACAACUAUGGAAUGAUUGGUUUGGUAUAAAAGGUGAUUUAAACACAUGUAUUGAUCAUUUGUUAUCAGAUCUUGAAUCGAUUGAAGUGUUGUCGAAUGCAGUCACUGCUGAAACUAUCACUACUACUAAUAAUAAUAAUCAUAGUACUAUUUCAACUGUAGUAAGUCCAACUAUUCCUGAUCAAAAUGUUAUCAAUAAUACAACGACGACCACAACGCCAACGCCAACAACAACAACAGCGCUAAUGGAUGCUGCGUAUCCAUCAACUACUGUCACAAACCCAUCAUCUUAUGAUGAUAUUGUUACUUCAAAUACUACUACUAGUCACUUCUUAUCUCACCACCACACAUUGUUAUCAUCUCCAUCCUCUUCGUCGUCGUCCUUAUCAAACUGUGUAACUGUAGUCAGCAUUAGUAAUCCAGAAGAGGCAGGCACAACAACAACUACUACAACGACAAGUAAUUCAUCAAUAUUAUCUACAACAUUAUGUCAGGACAACAAUACUACUGAUAACACUACCAACAACAAUCACAACUCUGAAUCACUUAUUCUUGCUAACAUAUCGGAUGAGCAAUUGUUGGUGAACACACCAAUGAUUUCUACUAGUAUGAAUACAAUGAAUCCUACGGUUACACAUCAAGAUAUUGCUGAUGUUGACUGUAAUCAGUCGAUUACAUCAUCAUCUUCAUCCUCACUGUCACCAUUUUGUUUAAGUCAAUUGGUUGAUAAUCAUUCCGAGAGUUUUCCAAGUAAACGUCGUUGUAUACGAUGUCCUUAUGAUGAUGAUGAUGAUGACAAUCAUAGUAGUACUGUAAAUAGUAAUAACAGUAGUUUGCCACCGAUUUUAAUUACACCAGAUUCGAAGAAAACGCAUCACAAUGACCAACAACAACAUCACAAAGAUUCAGAUGCAGAGUUGUUGUGUUAUGGAAAUUCAUCAGCAAGUUGUAAAUUAUUUCAAGGUAACACCAAUGAUGAUUACAAUUCACGUGCAUAUCAUCAUUCAACUACUUAUCAUGUUCAACCUACAUCACAUGUAUUCUCUGCAUCGCCAUGUUAUUAUUCCAUUCCACCGACUUCCACUACUACUCAAACUGUUAUCAGUAGUAGUAGUAGUAGUAGCAGCAUUAGUAGUAGUGGUAAUGCUUCGAAUACAUGUAUGACGACAGCCUACAUACUAAGUAAUCCUUUAUCAAUUAUUGAUUUGCGUCAAAUUGCCCAGAAUAAUAAUAAUAAUAAUAAUAAUCAUAAUAACAGUAAUACUACUAAUAACAAUAAUAGUAAUAUAAGUUAUCACACUCCACUCACAUUGUACACAACAAAUAACACGCAUAAAACGCUAUUGUCCACCAAUGGGAAUCAUGUGAACUAUGUGAAUAUCAAUAGUUCACUGAUUAAUAUGAUACCUGUCGGUUGUUAUACAGCGAAUUUGGCACCAUUUAUUGUGACUACAACAACAUUAUCAACCAUGGGGAUGAGUAGUAAUGAUAGUAUGACGUGUAGUGUGACAUUUGUUACGUCGGGUUGUACUAAUAGUACUACUACUACUACUACUGCCAGUAGUAGUAGUAUGAUGAUGAGUAUUAGUUGUAGUAGUACUGAAGAGUCAACUACCGGUGUGGUUGCGACAGUGAGCUCUGCUGAUCUAGACAAUGAUUGUGUACAAACUAUCAAAGUUAAUAAUAAUAAUAAUACUAGUACUGCCUACUCUACGACGUCUACUACUUACAAUCAUAUUAGUAGUAGUAGUAAUAAUACUAAUAUUCAUAACAAAUCCUAUUCAAAGAAAUCUUUAUUGAUUGAUGCAAAAGAAAAUCAACCGCCAACACCGGCAUUGAUUAUUCAAAUUUUAAAUUUACAAUCAUUGGAUAUUGAUACAAUUAUAUCACAAUCUCAUUAA